AGCAGCCAGCCGCAGUAGCCGCCGCAGCCGCGGGAGCAGUGCAGACGGCAUCUUGAGAACGCGCUAAAGCACUCGGAACCGUGGACCAUGCCGUGUCACUGCAACGGGGAGGGGGGCAAACUCGCUUUUUUUUGACAUAAAAGCCAGCCAGCCAAAAAUAUAUAAUUUUGUCCUUCACGGAGCCGGUGUGUAAAGAGUGAGCGCUAUUUUCCUCCUCCUCCUCCUCCUCUUCUCCCUCCUCCUCUUUCUCCUUCUCCUCCUCUUUUUCCUCCUCCUCCCCAAGUGCAUAGACAGCAUCACAUCACCUGGUUGCUUCUGAGAAAAGGCAUCUCUCCUUUUCAGGGACUAGAGACUCAGAAAGAGGAGACAUUCUAAUGGAGACUGCCUGAUACCCCCCCCACCACCACCACCAAAAAAAUAAAAUAAUAAAUUUUGUCUCUUGUCCCCUCCUCCUACCCCCACCCCCUCAACCCUGUGUGAGAUGUUGGGUUUCUUCUUCAUGAGACAUUGUCGAGAAGUCGCAGUGGUUGGAGAGGCGUAGGGGGUAGACUGCCUCUGCCUCUACUCCCUCCCCCCUUUUUUCUCUCUGGGAGGAGGAGGAGGGGAAGGGGUUUUGCAGAGCAAGCGAUGGAUGAGGAAAACAUGACGAAAAGCGAGGAGCAGCAACCUCUGAGUUUGCAAAAAGCCUUACAGCAGUGCGAGUUGGUACAAAACAUGAUAGACUUGAGCAUCUCCAACCUGGAAGGGCUUAGGACCAAAUGUGCUACCUCCAACGACCUCACACAAAAAGAAAUCCGGACCCUGGAGAGCAAGCUGGUGAAGUACUUCAGCCGGCAGCUGUCCUGUAAGAAGAAGGUGGCCCUGCAGGAGCGCAACGCGGAGCUGGACGGCUUCCCCCGGCUCCGGCACUGGUUCCGGAUCGUGGACGUGCGCGAGGAAGUCCUGGAGGAAAUCUCCCCGGGUCAGCUGAGCCUGGAGGACCUCCUGGAGAUGACCGACGAGCAGGUGUGUGAGACGGUGGAGAAGUAUGGAGCCAACCAGGAGGAGUGCGCCCGCCUCAACGCCUCGCUCUCCUGCCUCAGGAACGUGCACAUGUCAGGAGGCAACCUUUCCAAGCAGGACUGGAUCAUCCAGUGGCCCACCCCAGAGACGGGCAAGGAGAACAAUCCCGUGUGCCCUCCGGAGCCCGCCCCGUGGAUCCGCACCCACCUCUCUCAGAGCCCCAGGGUCCAGUCCAAGUGUGUCCAGCACUUGUGUCACACCAGCCCCACGCCGGGGGCCCCCGUGUACACCCACGUGGACAGGCUCACCGUGGACGCCUACCCAGGCUUGUGCCCGCCGCCGCCCCUGGAAUCGGGCCACCGUUCCCUGCCCCCCUCACCCCGCCAGCGGCACGCAGUCCGCACCCCACCACGCACCCCGAAUAUCGUCACCACUGUGACCCCGCCAGGCACGCCGCCCAUGAGGAGGAAGAACAAGCUGAAGCCCCCGGGGACGCCGCCGCCCUCCUCCCGAAAGCUGAUCCACCUGAUCCCGGGGUUCACGGCGCUGCACAGGAGCAAAUCCCACGAGUUCCAGCUGGGUCACCGCGUGGACGAGGCGCACACGCCCAAAGCCAAGAAGAAGAGCAAACCUUUGAACCUCAAGAUCCACAGCAGCGUGGGCAGCUGCGAGAACAUCCCCUCCCAACAGCGCUCCCCGCUGCUGUCCGAGCGCUCCCUGCGCUCCUUCUUCGUGGGACACGCGCCCUUUCUGCCGUCCACCCCUCCUGUCCACUCGGUCCACACCACGGAGGCCAACUUCUCCGCAAACACACUGUCAGUGCCGCGCUGGUCCCCGCAGAUCCCGCGCAGAGACCUCGGCAACUCCAUCAAGCACAGGUUUUCCACCAAGUACUGGAUGUCUCAGACGUGUACAGUCUGUGGGAAGGGAAUGCUUUUUGGCCUCAAGUGUAAAAACUGCAAGUUAAAGUGCCACAACAAAUGCACCAAAGAAGCCCCGCCCUGUCACCUCCUCAUCAUCCACCGGGGUGAUCCGGCAAGGUUGGUCCGGACAGAGUCGGUCCCGUGUGACAUCAACAACCCUGUACGGAAGCCACCUCGGUAUUCGGACCUGCACAUCAGUCAGACUCUCCCCAAAACCAACAAAAUCAACAAGGACCACAUCCCUGUCCCUUACCAGCCAGACUCCAGCAGCAACCCCUCAUCCACGACGUCGUCCACGCCGUCCUCACCAGCACCCCCGCUCCCUCCCAGCGCCACGCCGCCUUCUCCCCUGCACCCUUCCCCGCAGUGCACGAGGCAGCAGAAGAACUUCAACCUGCCAGCUUCUCACUACUACAAGUACAAGCAGCAGUUCAUCUUCCCAGAUGUAGUGCCGGUGCCAGAGACGCCAACCCGGGCGCCCCAGGUCAUCCUGCAUCCGGUGACUUCAAAUCCAAUCUUGGAAGGAAAUCCAUUACUUCAAAUUGAAGUGGAGCCAACCUCGGAGAAUGAAGAGGGCCGCGACGAAGCCGAGGAGUCGGAAGACGACUUCGAGGAGAUGAACCUGUCCCUCCUCUCGGCCCGGAGCUUCCCGCGCAAGGCCAGCCAGACCAGCAUGUUCCUGCAGGAGUGGGACAUCCCCUUCGAGCAGCUGGAGAUCGGUGAGCUCAUCGGGAAGGGCCGCUUCGGGCAGGUGUACCACGGCCGCUGGCACGGCGAGGUGGCCAUCCGGCUGAUCGACAUCGAGAGGGACAACGAGGACCAGCUCAAGGCCUUCAAGCGGGAGGUGAUGGCCUACAGGCAGACGCGCCACGAGAACGUGGUCCUUUUCAUGGGCGCCUGCAUGAGCCCGCCGCACCUGGCCAUCAUCACCAGUCUCUGUAAGGGACGGACACUCUAUUCGGUGGUGAGGGACGCCAAGAUCGUCCUGGAUGUCAACAAAACCAGACAGAUCGCUCAGGAAAUUGUGAAGGGCAUGGGUUACCUCCACGCCAAGGGGAUCCUUCACAAGGACCUCAAAUCCAAGAACGUCUUCUACGACAAUGGCAAAGUGGUCAUCACGGACUUUGGGCUCUUCAGCAUUUCCGGGGUGCUGCAGGCUGGCAGGCGAGAAGACAAACUGCGCAUUCAGAACGGCUGGCUGUGCCACCUGGCACCGGAGAUCAUCCGCCAGCUGUCCCCCGACACAGAGGAGGACAAGCUUCCGUUCUCCAAGCACUCGGACGUCUUUGCACUCGGCACAAUCUGGUACGAGCUCCAUGCCAGGGAGUGGCCUUUCAAGACCCAACCAGCCGAGGCAAUAAUAUGGCAGAUGGGCACAGGCAUGAAGCCCAGCCUCAGCCAGAUUGGCAUGGGAAAAGAAAUCUCGGACAUUCUUCUUUUCUGCUGGGCCUUCGAGCAGGAGGAAAGGCCCACGUUCACCAAGCUCAUGGACAUGCUGGAGAAGCUGCCAAAACGCAAUCGCCGCCUGUCUCAUCCCGGACAUUUCUGGAAGUCUGCAGAGCUGUGACCCUGGGACAAUGGGACCACGCUGGGCUGCCUCAGCUCCUGAGCCACCUCUCUCUCCCUGCUCCGCCCCUGCCAGCUCGGGAGGCCAGAAGCUCACCACCAGAGGGUCCCGACGGCCGGCUUCUGAGCGCCGCACGACUGCACCGUGGCCGCCCUGCACCCCAGACGUGCGCCCCUCUGCUCGGGCAGGGGCAGGGACCCCCGAGUCAGGACCCACCUGAUCAGCCAGGGUGACGGGAUUGAUGAGUGGGGCCCAGGGGACGGUGUGGCGAGGACAACUCCAGGCUGAAGGUGGAGACCCUGGGCUGCGGGGGGCCGGCAGGAGACCCCGCCCACCAGGCAGGACGUUGACUGGUCAGUGCCGCGCGUGCGCACACGAGGCCCGCUCUGCUGGCCCCCACGAGAGCAGCCCAACUGCCCCGCCUGGAGCCCCCGCUGCUGUGGCCUCUGUAGGUCAAUGGGGAAGGGCAGCCCCAGCUGGCUCAAGGCCACUGUGCAGGGCCAGGGUGGGGCAGGGCAGGGGUGGCCAAGCCCAUUCCCUUGGAAACAUCUAGUUCAGAGGCCCCAACCCAAGCCUGGCACGGUGCCUGGCACCUCUGGACGCAGCUCCCACGUGCGCCGCGACAGUCCUGCGUGUCUUUCGAGCCUCGUCCUGCCUUUGUCCUCUGCCCUGCGAGAGGGUCAUCCUAUCUCAUCUCACUGUGCCAUUUGGAAGGCACAGUGACUCCCUGGAUUAUGUGGGGGGUGGGGGGCUCCUUAGGGCUCAUGACAUCCCCUGAAGUCUAGGCCCCAAGAACUAGGAUGGGGGGGGGUGUUCUAGCACAUUCCUUUCCCUUGCUCUUGGGCAGCUGGCACACCCACAGUGAUGGUCUCUGGGGCGCGUGUGGAGUGGGUUUCGGGGUUACCUGUCUGGGAGGAGCUUCUCUGGCUGCUCCACCCCAUAAUAAGCCUCGUUGGGGAAGCGGGGAGGGAGCCCUUUUGUAGAAAUCCUUCCCUUUCCAGUCCAGCCUGGGGCAGUCCCUGAGUGGCCUCCUGUUGGGAGCCAGGGUCCCCUUGCCUAUUUGUGCUCACUCAACGUCCCCUCUUGCCAUCCCUCCCCUUGCUCAAGGCCUGGACUGGUGGCGUUUCCCCCAGAGCAAGGGGGAGGAGAGCCUCUGGCUCAUGUCCCCAAAGCCCUGACCCCAUGGAUCUGACCUGGCACUAAAGGGAAAUCUGUCCCCACCAAGAGCAGCAGCAGAGGUAGCAGAGCAGCUGCAGGGCGCCCAGGGCCGGCCCACGGUCCCUCUGGACCUCCUGGCCACUGCCCAGCCUGGUGACCUCACAGCUCCUCCGGCAUCCACGCAUCGCCCUCCCAGGGAGGGAGACCCAGACUUCAAAACCUGACCUGAGCUGACAUCAAAAUCCAGCCACAUGCACGGGGACCUUCCCCACCUGGGUGGCCCCAGACCGCUCCAGCUCCGGGAAGAACAGGGCAACCUUGUGCUUCCCCAGAACUGGGCCCAGGGGGGUCCCCUGCGCCCCCCAAGGGCCUCCUUGCCUUGCCACAUCCCCACCUGCCUGGGACCAGGAGACUCAAAACCCCAUGGGGCCCUUCCUAAGUGGACAUUCCUGUUCUGGGGACAUCCGUCCUGGUGGCUCUUGGCCUGGUGAUUGCUUGUCUUGGGGGCAUUUCACACGCACUUACAAGACACCCAGAGCUCUUGUCUGAAGAUGCCCCCUUCCAACAGUGCCCUCUGUGGAGCCCCCGAGUCCCUGGCCUGGGUGGACCACCCAGCCUGUGCCCAGCGACCUACUGAGUGCCUGCCAUCCAGCCCCGGCCUCUCUUUAAUCCCCACCCGGACUUGUGGGUCCACAGACUCCAGAAUUUCCCUGCACCUUUGUGCCCAAAGAGGAAACGAGGAAGGAAAGAGGCAGCCGGGGUCCAGAGCCCCCAAAGUUGAAAUGCCCCCCAGAGCUGCCCCCUGAUGCCCCAGACUCUCCUGCCUCCAGAAUUAACCAAAAUAGCCGACCACCACCUUGUCAAGGUCCAGCGGGGUCUCCCAAGGGUGACUCUCCAUGUGACCCUGAGCCCCUGUUGGGAGUUGGGACAGGACCUGGGUGAUCCACGGAGAAGGCCCAACCUCCCCCCAUCCCUUGGCCCCUCUGGGGCUUCUUGGCCUUGGGGUCUGUUCCAUGUCAUCUUGGUCCCACGUCACCUCUUCUUGACUUCGCACUCCUUCCUCCUCUGUCCCCACCUGCCGAGAUGUCCGCUGCAGUCCGAACUGGACGCUGGCUCCAGGCUUCCCUGACCCCCACCCCAGCCCAGCCCCCUUACUUGUUUAAAUCCAGGGAGAAUCGGGCCCCUCUCUCCCACGGCCUGGGUCUGUUUGCUGAGGGACAAUUGGGGGAGAACGUGGUCAUUCGUCCUUUGAGGGUGGAAGAGGAGAGAGACGUACUUGCCCGUUUUAGCUACUAGCUUGUCCUGCGUCUGGUUCUAUAGGACCCACCCCGUGAAGGGGAGCUGUGUGUGUGUGUGUGUGUGUGCGCCUCUCCCUGCAGGUGACACGAGUCACCAGCUCAACAGCAAGUUGCUUCCGUCUGUGCCUCACAUGCAGCAAACCCCUCUCUGUUCAGGCGUCCCUCGGGGACCACUCUGCAGGGGGAAGGUCCCCCGGGGGCCUGGACCUUCAGAGGGACACUGCUCGGCUUCUGUUGAAGGGCACCCGGUGGCCCGCUAACCCCCACCCACUCCUCACACGACAGAUGAUCCUCUUGAUCUCGUGUAGGGACAUCCCCCAGUGGCCCCAUCCCCAGAGCCAAACCGGAAACUAAAUUGCCACCUAGGUCUCCCUGGUCCUGGUUUUCCCUCUCAGGGGUCAAAGAAAAGAAUUCCAUGUCACCACGUCCCCCUCCUGUCCCCCCACGUCCACCUGGGCUCGGCCUAUGGACGCCCUUUCUUUACCUAUGUGGGUAACGGGACUCUGUGUCCAGGGAGCCUGCAUCUCCUCUCUCCCUGCGCCACCCCGUGUCCCCACAUCGUGCCCCCAAACACAAGCACAGAAACCCAGACGCCCCCAACCUUCCGUAACCCUCCUCCCACCUGUCGCGGGUCCUCCGAGGCGCUCUGAUCUCUGGACCCCUCGCUAUCUUGAGACAUCUAGAGCUGAGGGGACAAGCUUCGGCCUGAGGACCCAAUGGCUCUUGUGUCUCAUUGAUUUGUUUUUUAAUUGGGAGGAAAAUAUCAAAGGAAUCGUAACAUCUCACGACUUAGAGAAGCUCUAGGAAAUGCACAUGUCACGACACACAGAAUUCUCUUCACGUGGAACUUAUUUAUUCACAUGUUGUCCAAGUGGCUUUGGGGUUCCAGUGACACACAUAGAUGAUGGGGCCCCCCGAUUGGAAACGCAACCUAGACCUUGGCCAGCUGGGCCUCCUGUGACCUGGGGGCUGAUUCCCAAAGGACCAGUCACCUCCUGUGUGGUUCCCAGAGCAGGAGGAAUGCCUGGGGGGGGGGGCCUGGUUUCAACAGGCGACAGGCUGUCCCACGGCCUGCCCUAGGGAGGUAGAAAGCCCCCUGCCCUGGACAGGUGUGAGCAGCUGUUGACCACGUGGCCUGCAUCCUGUGGAGGCCGGUCAAUCCCCGGGGUCUGCUCUUGAGGUCACUAUGCCAGGGGUGGGGUUCCCCCGUGACCUGGGGGGAGCGUUCUCAUGACGGUGCUUGACGUGGGCGAGGGGCGCUGGAGGACCCCCAUCUCUGGCUUUCCUUCUCCCGCUCGUUCUCAGCCUGGAGCCCCCAGAUGCACCUCCCUGUCCGCAUGUCCUGCCAGCCUCCAGUUCACCCUGGUCUCGUCCCGAGUGCGUGGCCAUGCCCCCCCCACCCCCCGCCCGGGUUAGCUCCCUGGAGUAACACAAGUCACCACACGUGUGCUGGGUGGCUUAACGCAACAGAAAUGUGUCCUCUCGCAGUUCUGGAAGCAGGAAGUCCAAAAGCUCGGCGGUGGCAGGCUCCCUCCAAAACCGCUGGACCACGGAGCCCCCUCCCAGCCCUAUUUUGUAUUUUGUUUAGAGACAGGGGCUCAGGAGCUGCUUAGGGCCUCGCCAUUGCGGAGGCUGGUUUUGGACUCCUGAUCCUCCAGCCUCGGCCUCCCCAACCACUGGUCCCCGAUUCUUCUUAACCUCUUGGUUCUUUCGGCAAACCUCGGCGUUCCUUGGCUUGUGGCUUGUGUCCCUGGGUCUCUGUCCUCUCCUAUUCUUCUAGUCCAUCUGCAGGGCCCGUGCGGGGUCCCGGGGUGAGGAAUUGAGCAUGCCUUUUCUUUUCCUUGGAGGGGAUACACUCCACCCACAGCACCCACCAGCCCGCCCGACUCUCCCCUCCUGCUGGGCAUCCUCGUGUGGCUUUCCUGGGGGCCUGACCAGUGAGUGGCCUUCCCUCUCGGGGGGAAGGGCCUUCCUUCCCAGGCCGUAAAGGGUGCGUCUUUCAGGGUUGGAGGAUCCCCUCCCUCCACGGAGGACUGAGCUGGGGGAAGUGGGCCUUGCCAGGGCUGCAGAAGGUGGGCAUGAGACCCCGAGUGUCCCAUGCCCCUUGAAUCUAAUGCAAGACAGAACGCCCCCAAGGGAAAGCUCUGGCCAAUGGUGUUUCCAACAGGGUCCCAGCCUGCUGUGGGUUGGUGACUUUCCCAACAUUCCAUGGCUCUGAGGCCAAGGUGAAAAUAAUGUCGGAUUUUACCUCGUUAGGAGGAUACCCACCUGGGCUUUCAUCUCCAAUCAGGCCACUGAGACCCAGAUCCUGAAAGAUGCUGAUCUAGUCCAAAGAGGCAAAUAGGUAGCACGUCUGUCUCCACCGCCAGCUCCGGCCCCCUCUGCAGACAUUGCCAGUCGAUCCCAGAGGCAGCCACAGAGCAUUAGAGGUGGACAUGCGUGACUGUCCCUGACUGCAGGCUUCCCUUCCUGUCACAGGCACAGGGUUGGAGGCCCAGAGAAAGAAGGUAAAAGUUCCCCCGAGUCAGCUCCCUUGGAACAGGCAGAGGCUGGUUUAAACUCAGAAAUAUCCAGAAGCCCCGGGUUCGGGGUGUCAUUGACAGACAUGUGUCAGGGCCUACAGAAGUUUCACUCAGGGGACUUGGAGGGGGCAGGAGGAAGGAUUUUGUCCCCAGGCCCUAGUGUCUGAUGCUGUCUGAUCAUCUGCCUGCUGCUUGGAAAGGAUCUCUUACUCUCUGGGAUGGUCUCCCUGCAAGGCCCCAACCUCACCCCCAGCUAUCUAACAGCUGGGCUGGGAGGGCCCACGGACGGGGGGCGCUGAGAAAGAUGGCCGUGUGUGCAUGGUGGUGGGCAGGGGACCAGGAAGAUGGUUCUGUAUCAAAUCAGUUUGCAAAAGUUCCAUAGUUCUGUCUGGCAUCUGGGGAGCUGGGAAAUGUCAAACUGUGAGGAAGAGGAAUCUCCUCUAUAUGGAAGUUUCAGAAUUAAGUUUUCAAGCAGGUGUCUUCUGGGGUCCUAGUGGACCACCAGCUCUAUACCUGAGCUCUUGCCCCUGACACCAGCUUGGCGGCCAAGAGUACCUUUUGCAGACUGCCUCUUUGUUUCCUUCCUCCCCUUACUGCCCCCUACCCAGCUGGUCCAGGUGGGAGCAGGGCCUUUGAGUCCCACCUGGAUGCCCGUGGCCCAGGUUCACAUGGAACUCCAAGACUAUUUUCUUUCACUCAGUGGGUGGUUUAUUGAGCACCUACUACCUUUGCCCGGGGCAUUUGGUGAUGAGCCAUGCAAAGCCUCCCCCAUUCUGAAGUUCAGAGCCUAAGAAAGACAAGGAAAUGUCAACCACAAAAGGUACACAUUUGUGGCUCACAAGGGACUGGGGGAGGAAAACUCAAAGGGGAACAGAAACUCCGGGUGGGCUCCACGACAGAGAGUUAUUGGCAAAGGUCUUUGGGAGGAGGUGACAUCAGUGGAGAUCUAAACAGGGAGGGAGGGAGGGGAGGAUGAUCUUUCUAAGCCAAGGUUUCUCACCCUGGGGGGGUCGACAAAGGGCCCAGAGCGUUCUUUAUGGUGGGUGCUGUGGUGGGUGCUGUAGGAGCAUCCUCUGUCCUCCCUGUUAGAUGCCAGGGCACUGCUA